UUACAGUAACUACAGUGUUGACUGGAGAUCAAGUCGCCGACCACUUUUUAAACGAUUCCUGAUUCGUGACUCCAUAGAUCCGUGCGAAACUGCGAACAGUCAUUAACGUUGCAGUAUCUUACCCUAAAAAAGAGUUGGAAUAUAUAAUGCCAUGAUACUGCAGUUGGUGAUGACAAUGAUGAAAAUGAUAGCAAUUUCAUCAUUUAUGGAGCUUCCAGUUGGAAUAUCAGCAGCUCAAAUUUUACAAGCAAAUUUGGCAAGUCCCAGAUUAACCGACAGGCGAACUAAGAAGCUUAAAUAUGAGGAGUAUGACAAAAAAAUUAAAAUUGAUGAUAGUCCAAGCUCAUUUUCCGAGCAACGAAAAUUAAUCAGUAUUCCUCUCUUUGAAACUGCAGAAGAAUUCAACAUAACUGGAGCAGCAGGUGGAGGAGGUUCCCCAUUACUGGUUGCAAACCCAUCAGAUAGUUCCAGCAAAGCUAAUCCUCUUCAUUCGCUGACACUUGUGGUGACGCUGGCGGUGCCCAUUUUCGCUUGGUUCUUGAUUGUCCCGCUCGCCAUUGGAUACCGGUAUCUCUUCGAGUACAUUCUCGGUGAUGCCGUGAGAGUUUCUUGCUAUAUUCGGUGGACCAGAAGGUGCAGGUCCCAUGUAUCUGGUUGUGGACAAUUUUCUCAACGUAUUCUAUUAAUGUAGUUCAUUCAUUUUUAAGUAUAUGUCUUCGCCUCUAUCCAUUGUGGAAAUGUUCAUCAAGUGUAGCUUCACGGCAUUUGAACAUAAGAUUGGAAAAAGCAUUAGAGAUUUGUGAAAGGAUAAAGAAUUAAUACUGAA